AUGUCUGCAAAAAAUGUCAUCCGUCCACGUUAUUACUCCUCUGAAUUGGGAAUACGCGAAAAAGUUUUUGUUGGCGUUAUGACAUCACAGGACAACAUAAAUACGUUGGCGACAGCAAUUAACCGUACAACGGCUCAUUUAGUCAAUAAAAUAAAAUUCUUCAUAAAUGCAGAUAAUGUUAAAAAAAACUACAAUCUUAAAAAUAUUGUAGGAUUCACAGAUACUCGCGAAACUUUACGACCUUUUCAUGUGAUAAAAUACAUUGCAGACUAUUAUCUUGACGACUAUGAUUAUUUCUUAAUUAUACCGGAUAAUGUGUACGUUGAUGCACGAAAGCUGAAAUCUAUGCUGUAUCAUAUGAGCAUCACAUUUGAUCUCUACAUGGGCUCACGUACAGAACAGAAUGUUGUAGGCUAUGGUGCAUACAAUGGGCGGUCGGACGAUCUGAUGAACAAUGGUAAGAUAGAGAAUGAGAAUAAUGAUGAUUUCAAAAUGCUCAGUGAUCGGAAUUACUGUGAUUUAAAUGCGGGCAUAUUGCUUAGUAGCAGUGUCAUAAGAAAAAUGCGCAAUAAUCUCGACUGGUGCGUGCGGAAUGGCAUUACCAAUGUACACAGCGUUAAUAUUGGCCGAUGUGUUAAGUAUUCCAGUAAAUUAUCUGGCUGUCAAGAGAGUUUUCAGGGUGUUCGACAGUUCACGUAUCCAUUAAAACCAUAUGUAAAGUUAUUUAAAGAUCUAAACCAGUUAACAAAGGACGAUUUUUUUCGCAACUCAACUACUGUUUAUCCGGUAACAUCUACUGAUGAUUUCUAUCGCUUGCACGCUUACUUCUCUAGGUAUCAUUUGGAACUGGUGCAGCAACGUAGCAACGAGUUGGAACAGAAAUCUUAUCACAUCGCUAAUGGUUCAGUGUCUAAUAAUAUACUUGAAAUACGCUGGCCACUGGAAUUGCCCAAAUUGCUUGAAGACGAUAACAUUAAAAAGCGGAGGCACCAGUUUCUCUUUACACAAAAAAAUUCAACUAAAUCGGUAUAA